AUGGCGGCACAACUGUGAAACAGCAAAUUUGAAGGAAGCAGACGUACCUGUUCCGCUGGUAAGGAAAACAACAUGGACCAAACAAGCCAGCUGCAACCUGCUGCUGCGGCUACAUACCUGUAGCCUCAUCAGCAAGAUCAUGAACAAUACUAGCGAGGCCAGUGAGCGCCGAGGUAUUCCUGCAUCCAAUCUGAUGGAAAAGAGCAAUGGUAUCGAUAGAAACUCCUCUGCAGUUGUGGGUGUUCAGGAUUCCGUCUCCAUUGACUCUGAUGUUCAGAACCUUAACGGUAAUGUCGGGACACUGCAUCUCCACUCCCUGCCGAAUUACAAACCUAAUUUGCACAUUAUCGGUCACAAUAAUGAAGACAGGCAAAGUCUUGCUUCCCAGGAUUCAGGCAUUCCAACACUGGAGAUCAGUAAUCCGGAGCCCAUAAACUGCAGUGGCCUGACCUCUAAGUCGAACCACGCUGACAGCAGAUUUAUAUGUGACCAGGUUUUGCCAGGAUCCAGCAGCAUGCCUCCAGCUAUUCUGAGCCUGGAGUCUGAUAGUUCCAUGAAGAAGUCAUCCUCGUUUCCUUGCAGCGGCUAUGACACUAUGAAGCUCUUCAGCCCGAACUCAAGGGCUCUCAACAGAAGCGAUGAUAUCUCUGUGUGCAGCAUCUCCAGCCUCAGCACAGAGCUGUCCACCACGCUUUCAGUCAGCAACGAAGACAUACUGGACUUCAUGGUAACCAGCAACUCCAGCGCCAUCGUCAAUAUGGAAAACGACGAGGCACAUUUCUCAGACGUAACCCUGAACUCCCAGCAGGACCCCUGCGAACGCAGUCCCCAGCGACAGGCCGGGCCCCCAGGUGAGGAGGAUAUCCGCUUCCGGAAAUUCGGACCGCUUGCCUCCUUCUUCACCAGGAGUUUGUUUGCUAAGAAAUGUAAGGAUACAAGGCCCUUGGAGCAAAAUGAACCAGGGUGGAAGUUGUUUGGAAAAGUACCUCUCAGAGAUGGGCUAAAUAAGGACCCAAAGAAAAUACAGAAGGAAUGUGAAGAAAGACCUGGACGACCUCACAGUUCCCCUUCGAAGCAAAGUGUGAGGAAAAAUCUGGACUUCGAGCCACUCUCAACAACCGCCCUUAUCCUUGAAGACAGGCCACCGAACCUCCCUGCCAAGCCUGCAGAAGAAGCUGAGAAGCAUAGACAGCAGUACGAAGAGAUGGUGGCCCAGGCUAAGAAACGAGAGAUAAAAGAAGCACAGAAAAGGAAGAAACAACUGGAAGAAAGAUGCAAACUGGAAGAAAGCAUUGGAAAUGCUGCUAUGACCUGGAGCCAGGAAAUACUACCAAACUGGGAAACAAUGUGCAGUUCUCGUAAGGUGCGGGAGCUGUGGUGGCAGGGCGUGCCCCCCAGUGUGAGAGGGAAAGUGUGGAGCCUGGCAGUUGGCAAUGAAUUAAACAUCACCCACGAACUUUAUGAUAUCUGCCUGGCACGAGCCAAAGAAAAGUGGAAAUCCAAGCCAACUGCUGGUCCAGAAACAGAAAAUGAAGACACUGGAAUAUCCUUGGCAGACAGAGAAGCAAGUCUGGAACUUAUAAAAUUAGACAUUUCACGAACAUUUCCAAAUCUCUGUAUUUUCCAGAAGGGAGGUCCUUACCAUGACAUGCUGCACAGCAUACUGGGGGCUUACACCUGUUACAGACCUGACGUGGGCUAUGUGCAGGGAAUGUCCUUCAUUGCAGCUGUGUUGAUCCUUAACCUGGAUACUGCUGAUGCCUUCAUCGCUUUUGCCAACCUUUUGAAUAAACCUUGCCAGAUGGCAUUCUUUCGAGUGGACCAUAGCCUUAUGUUGACAUAUUUUGCAGCUUUUGAUGUGUUUUUUGAAGAAAAUCUACCAAAGUUGUUUGAACAUUUUAAGAAAAAUAACUUAACUCCAGAUAUUUACUUAAUUGACUGGAUUUUCACCCUGUACAGCAAGUCAUUACCCCUGGACCUGGCCUGCCGUGUCUGGGAUGUUUUUUGCAGGGAUGGGGAUGAGUUUCUAUUUCGCACAGCCCUGGGCAUCUUAAAGCUUUAUGAGGACAUUUUGACCAAAAUGGACUUUAUCCACAAUGCCCAGUUCCUGACGAAACUACCGGAGGACAUCCCUGCUGAGGAACUGUUCACAACCAUCGCUGCUAUCCAGAUGCAAAGCAGAAACAAGAAAUGGGCUCAGGUACUUUUGGCAUUGCAGAAAGACAACCGAGAACAGGAGCGUGUGAGUCCUGUACUGAAAUGUUGAGACACAUGCAGACAUUUUCUGUG